AUGACCAAGUGUGUUUUGACGAUGUAUUAUGUACUUUUGCUAUUAUGGGAAUACUAUGACCUUUAUAUGUCACGAAUUGCCCCCGAGAAUGAGAAGAUCACUCUCUCUCUUGGAUCUUCGCAAUAUAAUGUGCAUUGCUUUGUUCGGAGCUAUGGCACAAAAGAUGAAAAAAGUCCUAAAACGAAAACUGAGAAAAAAGAUAAAAAGGAGCAGAAAUAUAGACAAACCUCAUUACCACAUUGUGAUGUAAACCCUCGAAAAUAUGGGGGUCCUGAUUUGGACGCCGUGAAGAAAAUAAGAUCGAGCAAAGUAGUACCUUUACCAUUGCUUUACAAAGAACCUGUACUUUUGCAUCAGGGUUUUAUGCAAUAUUUAUUCGAUUAUAAAGGUAAACGAUAUCUAGACCUCUAUGCAGGCAUUUCGACUAUGAACAUCGGGCAUUCAAAUCCUAAAUUUAUAAAAUGUAUGUAUGAAAACAUCUCUACCAUUCAUCAUACAAACAGUAUGUACUUGCACGAACAUUAUCACACUUACGGAGAAAAGAUGUUGAAGAGGCUUGGCAAGACUUUUACAAAGUUUUAUUUCAACACGACAUCGAGCGAAUCUAUUGAGGUAGCAUUGUUGUUGGCUCGUCUUCAUACAGGUAACAAAGAUGUGAUAGUACUUCAUAACAGUUACCACGGAGUAUCUUACACAACUAGUGGUUUGACGUCGAACAAAUACUACAAAUAUAUUGAGCCGGAGUCCCAAGCCGUUUUGCAUUCGAUGGUGCCAGACCCUUAUAGAGGUUUAUGGGGCGGAGAAAAAUGUCGAAAUUCCCUAAGCCAAGUAAAACACAGAAAGUGCAAGUGUCCAGAAAACAAAUGCAAAGCAACAGACUAUUAUUACAAUCAGCUGGAGGAAUUAUUUCGACAUUCCAUGGCGGCGAAAGGUAUUGCAGCCCUGCUCAUUGAACCCAUACAGGCCAACGGCGUGACGCAGUAUACUAAAGGCUACUUGAAGAAAGCUGCAGAAUUGGUCAGAGCCAAAGGCGGAGUUGUUAUCGUCGAUGAAACUCAUACAGGCUUCGGGCGUACAGGCGAUCUUUUCUGCUUUCCAUCUGAGUGUAUUGAGCCUGAAAUAGUGGUUACUGGUAAAGGAAUGGGCUCUGGACUCCCGAUUUCGGGAAUUUACACUUGCGACGCCGUAGGAUCAGCCAUUUUUGAGGCUCAUCAUUCUACAACUUUCGGCGGCAACAUAGCUGCAAUGGCUGCUGCACAAGUCACUCUCGAUAUAAUUGAAAUCGACAAACUUGCAUGUAAUGCUGAAAAGGUUGGCGAAUAUUUUCUGAAGGAGCUUGAGAAGAUGUCUAAGGUAUUUCCUUACAUGGGCGACGUACGUGGACGAGGACUUAUGAUAGCAGUUGAACUAAUCGAUUGCAUGAAGUGUGGCGAUAAAAUAACUCGGAGACCAAUGGCGAGAGCAAGUGUAGACAAAAUUUGGGAACAAUUGAAAAACUGCAAUAUAUUGACGGGCCGUGGAGGUAUCGACAAUAAUGUAUUGAUAAUGACUCCGCCAUUGUGUAUCACGAAGCCCGACGUCGACUACGUUCUCUACGUGCUAAAUGAGGCUCUCUACGACCACGCCGAUAGACUUCUUGCCUCAGGAGAUUUCAAGAAUCCAGAUUGAUGACCUAUCCAGAUUUUUCCUGUCUGCAAUAGACCAUCUUGUGUAUGUCCUGAGUUCAGUACCUUACAGUCGAUCAACUCCAACCCAGGCUUUAGGACUGCCUCUAACUUGGCCUUCUACAGUUUCACACAGACUCCACACGCACCUUGAUUGUUUACAAAAACACCUACAAUAUGUUUAAAUAAAGUCAAUACUUUUUAUUCAUUCAAGUCAAGUAUUUCUUGUGAAGAUUUUUUGCAAACUGUUUAAACUGUUUUC